AUGGCUUCCAAGCAGAUGCUCGUAACCGUGGUGGCCGUGGCCGCCCUCGCCGUAGCCUUCCUCCCGGGGCUCGCCGUCGCGACGGAGCACAUGGUCGGCGACGACAAGGGCUGGACCCUCAACUUCAACUACACGGCUUGGGCCGAGACCCAGCAGUUCGUCGUCGGCGACACGCUAGUGUUCAAGUACAACAUCGGCGCCCACAAUGUGGUGGAGGUGGGCGGGCCGGACUUCCUCACGUGCACCCAGUCGGCCAACGCCAUCGUCUGGAACUCCGGCGAGGACCGGGUCACGCUCGACAAGGCCGGACGCCGGUGGUUCUUCUGCGGCGUCGGCCAGCACUGCCAGAACGGCAUGAAGCUCAAGAUCACCGUCUUUGAGACCGCGGCGCCGACUCCCCAGCCGGCCCUCUCCGGAUAA